AUGGACUGGGAGAAGUCUUCAAACUGUUCCAGAGUGAACUCCUCUACUCGGGCCUCUUCUUCAUCCCCACCCAUGACUGACUCUUCACCCACCUCGUCCUCCUCCUGCUGGAACUCCUCUCAUCCUUUCUUUUCCGCCUCCCCGUUUUCAGCCCCAUCUUUUUCUGGUCUGGAACUCCUGUACGACCUGAAGCCCAUCUUUAUCCCCCUUUACUCUGUCGUGGUGCUGGUCGCCUGCUCCGGCAACCUCCUCCUGCUCUUCCUCAUCUGGCACAACAAGAAAAGACACAACACCACAAACUUCCUCAUCAGCAACCUGGCACUGGGAGACCUUGUCAUGUGCAUCUUCUGCGUCCCCCUGACUGCAUCCUACGCUUUUGACCAGCGUGGAUGGGUGUUUGGACCCCACAUGUGUCUUUUUGUCUCCAUCAUGCAGUCUGCAGCCGUGUACGCUGCCGUGUUGUCCCUCAUGGCCAUCGCAGUGGAUCGUUACGUGGUUGUUGCUUAUCCCAUCCGCAAAAGAGCAGGGUGCCAGUUCUGCUGGGGUCUAGUGAUUCUGAUCUGGCUCUCCUCUCUGGCGUUAUCCACACCUACAGCCCUGCACACCGUUCACCUGGACCUGAGGGCUGCGGGGCUUCAGAUGGCCGUGUGCGAGGAGUUCUGGGAUGGACAGGAGCGAGGCCGUCUCAUCUACUCCUGUUUCAUUCUCUUCUUCUCCUACUUUGUCCCACUGGCUGCUGUCUCCAUCUCCUACUGUGCUAUAUCCUAUCAGCUGAAGCAGAGGAACAUGUCGGGCUUGACGGCGUGUCAAGAGCUGAAAUCCGCGAGGUCAGUGUGGAGCAGACGGAGGAGGAAGACCUUCUACCUGCUGCUGGUGUCCGUCCUCUGCUUCGCUUUCUCCUGGCUUCCCUUACAGGCGGUGAACCUGAUCCGCGACCUGGACACAGACUUCUCAAUCUUAGGGAAGAAUUACGUGAACAUCAUCCAGGUCUCCACUCACCUGAUCGCCAUGAGCUCCGCCUGCUACAACCCUUUCAUCUACGCCUCAUUGCACAACAAGUUCCUGUCCUACCUGUGUCGCCACCUACUGCCCCAGAGGAGGAGCAAAGGAAAGGACAGGGGUCAAGGGUCAAGCAUCCUGACAAUGUCACACAGAGUGCUGCGCCUCCACACCUCCACGGAGAUACCAGAAGCUUCCGCACAUAACGUAAUUCCUCAAGACAACUACGCUUAA